AUGGCUUCAAUUGCCCCCGCCGACGACUCCAAUUUGCUAGUUCCCAAAGCGGGUACGAGUGCGAGUGCAAGUGCUGCCAACACGCCGCGACCCAUUCAAUCGCCUCAAAACCCGCAAGAAUCGUGGUCCUCCGAAUCAUCCGCCAAUGCAAUCAUCUCCGACUCGCCCUCCAAUUACUCCUCCUUUUCCAGCUCCGAUAGCGACGAACACCUCCCCGGCACCGCCAAUGAGGAGGUAGACGAAGAUGACGCCCUCGACGUGGUUGGGGUGAGUAUUGGUCGCGAGCAAAGCCGCAUGAAAGCCCGGGCCACACCCGCCGAAGAAAAGAACCGAGUACUGGAACAACAGGGCGGAUAUUUCACCACUAUUCCUAUUCCUGACGAGCUCAGUGAGGAUGGCUUGUUCGUCUCGGAACUCACGGCUGAGCCGGAAUCGGUGGAGCCCGAGCUGGCGGCAGCUGAACAAGUCCAACUUGCAACUCGAAGCGACAGACCUGCUGCGUCGGUGGAGCGCCACGCGACGCCGUAUCGUCCCCACAGAGAGUAUUCGGCGCCAUUGCCAGUUGCUGUACGCGACUCGAAGGAUUCCAGUGCAUCGGGCUCGCGAACUAGCUUUACCCGGUCGCUGCUGAAAACCUCGCUACCUCGUCGGCCGCGCGCUUGGUCGGGUGAAUUGAAGAAAUUCUUGCCCGAUUUGACUUCGUUGACCAAACGCCCAUCACUGCCGUUCCGCUCCGCAAAUGCGAAUAACCGCGCUCGCAGCCAGACGGUGGCGUCUGGCAAACAGAGCCAGGCCAAUUCAAGGGCGUGUUCGUUGGAACGGCGAAGACGAGAGCCAUCUCCUACAACCAAUGCUCCCGCCAAUGAUGAAGAGUUGGGUGAUGAUGCACAGCCAAUUUCAGAGCUGCGGACGCUGGAUGGGAGCUCUGCUGUAAAACAUUCAUUCUCGAGACGGCCUAGUGCUGCGAUGCCUGGACGACCGCCGAGUUUGCGGAGAUCCUCCUCUGAUCAGUCGCUAUACCUGCGGGCAUCCUCGACUGCAUCGUCCCUAGAACAGCGGCCGCGAUAUGAGAAUGUGCACUCGCAGGUCAACAGCCGGUUCAAGGCUAUCAAGGAUAGUUUGCAAGAUUCGAGCAGUCGCCUGCUCAGCAUGCCUUCUCUCCAUCUACAGGAUAUUCGCACAGACUGGACUUCGCGCCCGUUCCCCUCUGUAACGAAUAUCACGACCGAGCGAGGAAUCAAUGGAUCUGCUCAUCGGACGGCGACACCUCCUCCGCCUCCGCGAUAUAACACACAAUCCACUCAUCCGAUCUUUGAAGAGGCAAUGUCUGAAUUGACCGGGGAUGUUGUGAUUCUUGGUGGAUACCGUGGCUCAAUUCUGCGUUCUGCGAAAGCCCCUCAUCGACAACUCUGGGUACCGAUGAAGGUGGGACUGAAUCUGCGCAAAGUCGACCUGGAGGUGGGUUUGACCCGGGAGGAUGAAGAGCGCAUGGAGGAAACUAUCAUCCCCUCUGGCGUGUUAUCUCACAUCGGUCCCGUCGAUGUAUGCCGACGACUGAUGAAACGCCUACGUAAAUGUGACAAUGCCGUGCGGGGAGACCUCCGCAUUUGGGACUACGGCUAUGACUGGCGAUUGAGUCCGGAUUUGCUCUCACAACGACUCAUCACCUUCCUCGAAGGUCUGCCAUGCAACCGGCCAGCUCCGGAUGGUCAGCCCCAGAAUCCCCGUCGAGGUGCGACAGUCAUUGCCCACAGUCUCGGCGGUCUCAUCACUCGGCAUGCCGUGAACAGGCGGCCCGAUCUCUUCGCUGGCGUCGUAUACGCAGGUGUACCACAGCACUGCGUGAAUAUUCUCGGUCCCCUACGUAACGGCGACGAUGUCUUGCUCAGUUCUCGCGUCUUGACCGCGCAGGUCAACUUCACCUUCCGCACCAGUUUCGCUCUCCUCCCCGAAGAUGGCCAUUGCUUUAUCGACAAGCGGACUCAAGAGGAAUACCGCGUCGACUUCUUCAACGCCGACAACUGGGACAAAUACCAUCUCUCCCCAUGCAUCAAACCCGUCCUCCCCGCCGUCCCAUUAAACACACGCUUCAAAGACUUCGCACUCAUCAGCAAACGAUUCUCCAUGGGCCCACGAGACGAAACCACCGAUCUCACCCCCCAAGCCCAAGCCCAAGACCUCUCAGACACCAAUGAUCCCACCAACGAAAACCACAACCCUCAUCGCACCACCCCAAUCCACUCCCACUCCCUCCCCAACCCAUCCCAAGUCGCCGCCACAGCCACCGACAAAGCAACCGACACCCUCGUCCCCAGCGGCGUCGACAACCUCGUCGGCCCCGGCGCCACACCCCGCAGCAGCACAGCAGCAAACCAAGCCACCAGCCCAACAACCAUCCCCCGCGCCGCAGCAAUGGAAUACCUGCACCGCACGCUCGCCGAAGUGAAACGCUUCAAAUCAGAACUCUCCUUCCAACCCACCCACCAAGCAGAAAACCGCUACCCGCCCGCCGCAGUGCUGUACGGGAAAAGCGUGCCGACGCUGUACGGUGCACGGGUGUCUUCCCGCGAGGCGAUUAAGCAUCAGGACGCGUAUGAUGAUUUGGCGUUUGCGGCGGGGGAUGGUGUUUGUCUUGCUUCGGCGGCGAUGUUGCCGGCUGGGUAUCGGGUUAUUCGGAAUGGGCUGGUUAAGUGUGAUCGAGGGCAUGUUGGGUUGUUGGGGGAUUUGGAGGGGGUUGGGCAGUGUUUGAGGGCUGUUAUGAGGGGGAGGAAGGAGGGUGUUGGGUUGGGGAGUUUGCAGAAAUAG